UGCUGGUGGUAGCGGUGGCCGUUGUAUGCGCACGCGCCAGUGCUGCCGGGCCAAGUAACACGCGCGGACGUCGUUACGGAUAGACAACAUGACCACAAGUGCAUUCACGAUUUUAACCCUCUGCAUCGCCUAUGCGCAUGCGGGAAUUCUUCUUCAGAAUGCACCAGCAUGUCCUGAACCCUACGGAGUUCAGGCGUACGCACACCCAGAGCUCUGCGACCAGUUCUUUCUCUGCACAAAUGGAACCCUUACGGUAGAGACUUGCGAAAAUGGCCUACUUUUUGAUGGCAAAGGCGCUGUACACAAUCACUGCAACUACCACUGGGCUGUCGAGUGCGGAGAGAGGAAAGCUGACUUGACACCCUACUCAACUCCCGGCUGCGAGUACCAGUUCGGCAUUUACCCUGACAGUGCGGAAUGCUCCACCAGCUACAUCAAGUGUGCCUUUGGAGUCCCACACCAGGAGCCCUGCACGCCCGGUCUCGUUUACGACGAACGCACCCACGGAUGCAACUGGCCCGACCUUCUCCAGCCUUUCUGUAACCCUGAAGCUGUGGUCGGUUUCAAAUGCCCAACAAAGGUACCAGCGCAUACACAAUCAGCUAAAUUCUGGCCUUUCCCCCGUUUCCCCGUGCCCGGUGACUGCUACAGACUCAUCACUUGCGUUGAAGGCAACCCUCGUCUCAUCACCUGCGGAGAAGGCAAGGUCUUCGACGACCAGAACCUCACGUGCGAAGACCCGGAGUUAGUGCCACAUUGUGCGCAUGCGUAA